UAUCCCGUCAGUAUUGGUUCAGGUCUUGUUCGGACUAUAAUACUCCACACGCACCGUUGUUGUUAUACCUUACAUAUCCUUACAUAUCCCCCAAUACACACACACACACACACACGCGAUGAAGAAGACGCCGAGGACGAGUCAGUCGAAGGUCGAGAAGAAGCAGAAGGAGGAGAACCAGGUGAUGUGCGUGAGCGACUUCGAGAGGAUGCAGAGGAUCGAAACGAUGCCGCGCCGCGUAGACACCUUCUGGCGGACGGACUGCCGGACUCCGGCGUCGAGGCUCAACGGUAGCUGGAUGCUCCACAGCAGCAGAUUCAACAAGGGACUCGCCUUCACCCUGAAUGAGAGAAGGGUGCUCUCCAUCCACGGACUGCUUCCCGUGGCAGUGCGCACCAUCGAGGAGCAGGUGAUCGUCAUCCAGAAGAUCCUGGAUUCGAUGACCACAGAGACGCAACGGUACCUUUUCCUGAACGACUUGUCGAGUAAGAACAGGCGGCUCUUCUACCGCGUCCUGCUGAGCAAUCCCGAUCACUACGUGGCCAUGACGGACGCCUCGGCCUCGGCGGCUCUGCUCAAGAUCCACCGGAUCCUGCACAUUGUCGGCCAGGGUCUGUACGUCACCAUCAAGGAUCUGGGCCACAUUCCGCAGAUCCUGGCCAACUGGCCGAUUCGUGUCGUGCGCAUCCUGAUGGUCAGCAACGGAGCCUCUGUUCAGAGUCUCGGUGAUCUCGGAGUGGAUGAGAUGCCCGUCCUAUUCUCCAGAGUUCACAACAACGUGAUCUACGCGGGCGUCCAUCCGGACUUUUGCCUGCCCGUCAUGCUGGACGUGGGCACGAACAACGAGGAGCUCCUGCAGGACCCCAUGUACACGGGAUUGAGGGAGCACCGUGGCUCGGAUGAGUUGUACGACAAGUUCUUCGAGGAGUUCACCAUGGCAGUCACUCAGCAGUAUGGCUCCCAUGCUCUGAUACUCUGCAUGGAUUUUGAGGCCCAGAAGGCCAAGAAGCAGUUGGAGUUGUACCGUUCGAGGCAGUGCAUCGUGGACGUGGACUUCCAGUGCUUGGCAGCGGUGGCUUUAGCUGGAGUUAUUGUGUGCAACCGACUCAAGAGAACCUUCUUCUCAUCCAACGUUUUUCUGUUCUAUGGAGCCGAUGCCAUUAACAUUGGCAUGGCUCGAUUGUGCCGGGCCCUCCUCAUAAGGGAAGGACUAAUGGAGGCGAAAGCGCGCGAGCGGAUUUGGUUCUGCGAUGCCAACGGAUUGGUAGUGGUGGGCAGGCCAGAGAUACCCGAGGAGCUCCUGGAAUUCGUCAGACCCCGGGAGCCGAUUUCCAGCCUGGUGGAGGUGAUCGAGCAGCUGAAACCCAAUGUUCUGGUGGGUGGUUCCUCGCAGCCCAACAGCUUUACACCAGAUGUCCUUCGGGCCAUGGAAAGGAGUGCCGAACAGCCCAUAAUAUUUGCUCUUUCGAGACCUCAACAGCAGGCGGAGUGCACGGCGGAGAAUGCCUUUGCCUACACAAAAGGUCGCUGCAUCUUCAUCUCGGGAUCGAAGUUGCCGCCACUGAAGUACGCCAAUAAGUGGUAUCAACCGGGUCACUGCACCAGCAGCUACUUGGUGGCCGGAAUAAGCUAUGGAGUGAUGCUGGCCGGGUUCACCACCGUUCCGGAUGAGGCCUUCUGCGUGGCCGCCGAGCGAUUGGCCAGCUUGGUUUGGCCCUGCGACCUGGAGAAGCGGAACGUCUAUCCGCCGAUGAGGAAGAUCCAGUGCAUCAGCCUGCAGAUGGCCGAGGCCCUCUUCACGUACGCCUUCCGGCGAGGAUUGGCCACCUUGUGGCCCCAGCCGGAGAACCCCAUGGAGUACAUCAAGGCAUCGAUGUACAAUCCCGAUUACCGCAAGAACCUGGUGGAAGUGUACUGCAUGCAGAGCCGCAGUAUCGCCACCACCGAAUCCCUCAAGUACUACACACUGAACAUCUAGGACCUAUACUUACUGAAACCAUUAUUAAAUCGAGUGAACUGGUGA